AGGGAGGGGGGACGCAUGGAGAAGUUUGCAAGCCCCGGCCGAGGCAACGGCGUCCGCCUCACGACGAAGGCGGUGAAGCCCGGCGCGCUGCUCUACCGCGCGGAGCCUUUCGCUUACAACGUCAGCAAAAAGUGCCUGGGAAGCGUGUGCGAGCGCUGCCUGCGCAGGAAGGAGCAGCUGCUUAGAUGUUCUCAGUGCAAAGCUGCACGAUAUUGUAAUGCACGUUGCCAGAAAGAAGCCUGGCAGGACCACAAACGGGAAUGCAAGUGUAUUAAGAGUAUGGAGCCUAACUUUCCACCAGACUCUGUGAGACUAGUGGGGAGGAUUAUUUUUAAAAUAUUAAGACGGUCAACAUGCUCAUCUGAGGAGCUCUACUCUUUUUCAGAACUUCAGUCAAAUGUUGCAGAGCUAUGUGAAGAAAUGAAAGAAGGCCUCUGGCACCUUGCAAAGGCGCUGCAGCUGUAUUUAAAGACAGAAAUCCAGGAUGUUUCUCAACUGCCACCUGCCUUGGAUAUUUUUGAAACCUUCGCAAAAGUGACCUGUAACUGUUUCAGCAUCAGCAAUGGAGAAAUGCAGAGUGUUGGUGUUGGACUUUAUCCUAGCAUGUCUUUACUGAACAACAGUUGUGACCCCAACUGUGCAAUAGUCUUUGAGGGUCCCCAGCUCCACCUUCGUUCCAUCCGGGAAAUCCAGAAGGGGGAAGAGCUCACCAUAAGCUAUGUUGAGACAAUUAUGCCCACUCCUGAACGUCAGAAUCAGCUGAGACGCCAGUAUUGUUUUGAAUGUGACUGCUUCAUGUGCUGUACAAAAAGCAAGGAUGAUGACAUGUUGGCAGGGAAUGAACAAGCUUGGAAAGAAGCCAAAGAAGUGGUAAAUAAAAAUGAAGGGCCAAAGUCACAAGAAGAGUGGGAGCAAGUUCUGAAGACAUGCAAGACAUUACUUAAGAACAAUGCAGCUCAGCUCCCAGACACAAAUAUCUACCAGCUGAAAGUGCUUGACCUUGCCAUGGAUGCCUGCAUAAACCUUGGCCUUUUGGAGGAAGCUCUGCAUUAUGGCCACAGAACUUUGGAGCCUUACAGGUUGUAUUAUUCUGGCUUCCAUCCUUUGAGGGCUGUCCAGAUGAUAAGAGUGGCCAAGUUGCAGUACAGCCAAAAUAUGUUUUCCCAGGCUCUGGAAACUUUGAAACAGGCUUAUGAUAUUAUGAAGGUGACCCAUGGAACAGAGCAUAGCCUAAUGCAAGACCUGAUGAUGCUUAAGGAAGAUUGUGAAGCUGGCUUGCCAUUAGAAUGAAGAAGACCUCCAAGCCGCUGUUCCAUGGAAAAGAAACAGAAGACAGAACACAACAAAGUCCUUCCAAGAUAUAUUACAAUCUACCCACAUGCAUAUGAGAUCCCAUUAAUAUGAGUGCAGUAGAGAAAGCUUCCAUUUGUUAUGCAGUAUAAACCUGGUAUUAUUAGCUUCUGCUAAUUUUCCAAAUGAUGUUUCUUAUCACUUGGCACUCCAGCAGAAUUGUAGUGUCUGCAGUUCAAUAUGUUGAGGAAAAAAUUUGGACACUCCUUUCUAAAUGUACUAUUAAUUAUGUAGAAAAUGCUAACUGUGUAAAUUACUUUCUUCAUUGUUAACAGUUAUUAAGGUACACUGUAUGUCUUGGUCUAAAUAAAUCUGAAUACCAAAAGUAUUUGACAAGCAUUUUCAGUAUUACAUUUUCUCCUCUUGUAGUGCUUACAACUGCCCACAUAAUCUAAUUUCCAGAUACAUUUUUCCAGUUUAGUUUGCCAU